UCAGUAUUGAAGUGGUACUGUGUUAUUAGUCGGUUGUUACCGGGUCAGAACCCGAGUCUCCGUGGCCACAGUCUUCUGAAGGAAACAUUUCGGUCGAACUUUUAUUGAUGAAACUCCAUUCGGUCUAACAAAGCGACUUCAGACGACUUCCGGCGAACCCAGUCACAUGAUUUUUGGUUACGGCAACAGGUGGAUAGGUACGAUGCCGUGGACUCUGGUCUGGGUUCUGCUUGUGGAGGCUCUCCUUGUGGUCCACGGCAGGGUCUUGGUCACGGAUCACGACUGCAACCCAAGUGUUCGUCGAUGCCCACAACCUUUGGACCCUGAAGUUCACAUGAACAUCUCCGAGAUCAUCAGAAGGUGGGGCUACCCAGCCGAAGAGUACGAGGUCAUCACGGAAGACGGUUACAUCCUAACCGUGAACAGAAUCCCUCGUGGACUCAAGCAAAAGGACGGUCCAAGGCCAGUUGUUUUCCUCCAGCAUGGACUUCUUGCUGCUGGCAGCAACUGGGUCACCAAUCCGCCCGCCUCUAGUCUGGGCUUCGUGCUGGCGGAUGCAGGUUAUGAUGUGUGGCUCGGAAACAGUCGCGGAAACACCUGGUCCAGAAAACACAAGUGGCUCAGUCCAGAUGAAGACGCCUUCUGGGCAUUUAGCUAUGAUGAAAUGGCUUUGAAGGAUCUUCCAGCUGUCAUCAACUUCAUUUUGAAGGAGACAGGAAGAGAACAGAUUAAUUACAUCGGACACUCACAGGGGACGACGAUAGCAUUCAUGGCCUUCUCUGCACUUCCCGAACUGGCCAGCAAGGUCCGCAUGUUUGUGGGUUUGGCUCCAGUGGCUACGGUGUCUUUCACCAGAAGCCCAAUGACCAAACUAGCUGUCCUGCCUGACUUCCUGGCCUGGGACGUGUUCGGAAGGCAGGACUUCCUACCGCAGAAUCGUCUGAUCCAGUGGCUAGCGGAGCACGUGUGCACACACGAGCAUCUUGGCGAACUGUGCGGAAACAUUUUUUUCCUGCUGUGUGGCUUCGACGAGGAGAACCUCAACAUGACUCGUACUCCGGUGUAUACAACUCACUGUCCAGCUGGAACCUCUGUCCAGAACAUGCUACACUGGGCCCAGGCCGUCCGUCAAGGAAAACUGAUGGCUUAUGACUUUGGAACAAAAGGGAACAUGGAGCAUUACAACCAGACCACCCCUCCUGAAUAUCAAGUACAUGACAUGAAGGUUCCAACUGCAGUUUUCUCUGGAGGACAAGACACCCUGGCCGACCCCAAAGAUGUAGCUGUCCUUCUGACCCAGAUCUCUCAGCUGGUCUUCCAUCAGCACCUGGAUCACUGGGAACACCUGGACUUUAUUUGGGGUCUCGAUGCACCAAAAGUGAUGUUUCCCUCGAUUCUCAAACUGCUGAAGGAAAACUAGAGACCUCUGAUGGGAAGAGCUUCAAAUUGCAAAGUCUGAUGCUGUGAACUGCGUGUAUGCUUGUGUGGCUAUGUGAGAAUGUGAAACGGUUUUAAUCAUUUAUGGCCGAGUAUUCGUCAGCCAUUUUAAUAAUGUUUUGAUUUUUUUUAUAUCAUUUAAAAACCAUUUCGGUCAGAAAUGCUUUUAACCUGCCUCUAAUGUGCAUUGUGGAAUUGCUGUGGGUACGUGAUGGCUUGAGAAACAUCAAUCAAGGAAGAGACCAACCAUGAUACUGUAAUCUUUUUUUUUAAGAAAAUGUCUUGUUUACAAAAUA